AUGCCGGAUAAAAUCCUCGACGAUAUUUCCCAUCGCAGAUAUAAUCCUCUGCGUGGCAGUUGGAUUCUCGUAUCCCCUCAUAGAACCAAGAGACCAUGGCAAGGACAGCAGGAAACCCCGGGUGUGAUCGAUCUUCCCACCUAUGAUCCGAAAUGUUAUUUAUGCCCGGGCAACAAAAGAGCUUCAGGCGAUGUGAAUCCCAACUAUAAGGACACUUUCGUCUUCGUGAACGACUACAGCGCGGUCAAGGAAACCCAAGCUGACUAUGUUGCUUCCGACCCGCCCGGCAGCCUGGCAGGCAUGUUGCUGCGAGCAGAGCCAGUCAAGGGGAAGUGCUACGUGUUGACCUUCAGUGUCGCUCACAACAUUACCUUGGCUGACAUGGCGCCGCGGGAAAUCCUUCCCAUCGUGAAGACCUGGACGGAAAUUUACACGGCGCACAUCUCUCCCAAAUCACCUCUGGCGGCAUUGGCUAGGCCAACCCACCUGCCCCCAACGAGUCUGCAUGCAGACGCGGGCACGCCAAAGGAUCAGUACAGGUGGAUGCAAAUCUUCGAGAACAAAGGCGCCGCGAUGGGAUGUUCAAAUCCUCACCCCCAUGGGCAGAUAUGGACCACAAGUUCGUUGCCAGAGGAGCCUGCGCUGGAAUUGGAACAACUAAGAAAAUACCAUCGUGAGCAGGGCGGCGGGCACAUGCUGGUCGAUUAUGCGCGUCUCGAACGUGAAAAGAAGGAGAGGGUCAUCUUUGAGAACGAGACAUUCCUGGUUGUCUGCCCCUGGUGGGCAGUAUGGCCAUUCGAGACCAUGAUUCUGCCUGUGAAACAUAUUCGAUCUCUAAUUGAUCUGACCGACACGGAACAGAUGCACCUGGCAGAGGCAAUUGCGGAGACCACUCGUCGAUAUGAUAACCUGUUCGAGACGAGCUUUCCAUACAGCAUGGGCGUCCACCAGGCACCCCUCGAAGGCACUGACGAGGAAAUCGAAUGUUCGAGCCUUCAUCUCCACUUUUACCCCCCUUUGCUGCGAAGCGCGACCGUCAGGAAGUUCUUGGUGGGAUAUGAGAUGAUGGCAGAGCCACAAAGAGACAUCACCCCAGAACAGGCUACGGUCAGACUGCAAAGCUGUGGCGGAGAGCUAUACAGGAAAAGGCUCCAGGGCGGCGCACAAGUUCAGAAUCCACCGGCUCCGGACAAGAGUGUACCAUAG